AUGGUGGAAGGCAGCGUCGGCCUCCGAGUAGGCACUUGGAGCACUUUGUUCUCAAAGCUCGAAGUGGGAGCCUCUGACUCACAUCUCCUCACUUUUGGGACAAGACGCAAGGCGGCAGACAAAAGCCAUCACUGGGUGGAUGUGCGCCAGUCUGUAACCUUUCAAGGAUUUACAAUAUUCCCUGAUACCGCAGCCCACCGGUCGAUGCAGAGAGGCGUAAACGGGGUCCUCUAUGAUCAAGGCUUGAUUUCCCGGGACACCCACACGUUGACCUUCAUGGACGACAUCAUCAACGCAGCAGAACUGACGAGAAAGGAGGACAACAGCCUGCGUGGAUUCGUCCAACGAGUGUCAGACACUCUCAAAGCCUCUUCACGCAUAUUUCAGGAGCGGUUCUUGAUCAAAACUGCUAUCUCGAAGUCGCUGAAGGGCCUGAAGAAAUACAUCUUCCUAAAUGAGUUUGUGGUGCGAGCAUCUACCUGCCCAUCGUUCUGGGAACUAGCAGCUAAGGCCAUUUUGUCGCCAAGAGGGUUCCUUGAGUCGUACAUUGAUGCCGAAGACAAAGUGACGUCUUUGGCUCUGGACAUCAACUCUGCUGGAUGCCCAGCAUGGAUCUGCUUGAUCUUCUUGAGUUUCAUGGUGGCCGCUCUGGAACUCACGGGAGAAGCACCUCUCCAUCUCCGACUGAGUGGGUCCAUGGAAGAGCACUUGAUCAUGGCCAGUUUGCGGGUCAUCCCUACAGAGCUUGGUGGAGCGCUAGGCAUCCCGGUCAAACAGAGCAUCCCUGAUCCCAUGUCCACCCGCCUGGCUUUGUUUGACUUGAACAUACGACUAGUGUGGGGAAUUGUCAGAGACGUUAAUGAAUCUGGAGAGUUUGAAUCUCUCAAAGAAUUCUGCGCCUGGACUAUGCCUUCGCAUGAGUCUGCUUGUGCACUGCUUGAAUUUUUGACAACCGCGCACUUUGUCUUGCCUGCUCUGUUUGCGUAUUUGGCUCAAGUGAUUGUGAACUGCCCUUCCAGCAGACAAGAUGUGUUCGAGCGCCCGAACGAACUUUUUCUCCGGGCAGACGUGCUCAAAACAAUGAAGCGUCUCUGGCCAGGAACAGAUGUGCGGAUCUUCAAAGGCCUAGACUCCAAUUUCUUCGAAGAGCUCAUGGCGAAUUCUUAUUUGUCCACCGUGAAAGCUUGGAGCAAGUCUCAGUUCGGUGAAAGAGAAGUCCGGGCUUUGACGGGAGUUGCUGCUCAGGUGGCUUUCAGUCGAGAUUUGGGGCGCGCGAGCUUCCAACACUCGAAGAGUAAGGUCAAGCUGUGCAUCGACAUCUUGGAAGCUGUGAUGAACGGCCUGCAACGCUAUGGUUUGAAGCAUGAGUUAGCUGACGCGGUCAGUGACCCGCAGCGGCCGUUCAACGAGAUACUGGUCUUGAGCAAGCACGAGAAGAAAGAGGUGAAACGUCGCGGCUGCUGCAACGGCACAGUCGAGGCCUUCCACUUCAAGCGGGGACCUCAGUUUGCUACCAGCUCUUCAAUCGAAAUCGGGGAUGAAGUGAAGCCGAAGAUUGACGAGGCUACCAGCUCUUCAACCGAUAUCACCGACAAGAAUGGGCUCCCUCCGGACGUCAAGGAGCACCUGAAGUAUUGCUUGGCGUUCAAGACGCAUCGGUGGCGCGAGCCGAUUCUCGUCAUGAGACCCAGCAAGACGAAGGGGACCGGCUGGUCGCUUACGGUCCGGGCCCAUGGUGAGGAGCGAGACCACCGAGCACAAGUGAAACGCUGGUCGAAAGACUGCAAGACGCUCACUUCAAGCGAACGGCUAGCGGCCGCACGACGAUGGUUCGACCAGGCCACCAGGGCGGGACUCUAUCCGACAAGCUUCACCAUUGCGGCGCUGGUCGAGGCAGCAGCGACCUCAGGAGACCUCGAGGAUGCGGCGGAGUGGUACGAGGAGCUACUUCGCAGCUCUUCACAGCCGGUGCUGAACUUGCUGCUGGAUGCGGCUGCUCAGGUGGACCUGGCGCUGGCGAAGCGCUGGUAUCAGCGAGCGAUGGCUUUAGGGCUUAAGGCCGAUGUGCAGGCAUUCAACACGCUGAUCACGGCUGCAGCUCGGAAGGGCGACCUAGCGAGCGCUGAAUCGUGGUACAGCCAGGGCAAAGGCGCAGGAUUGGAUCCGAAUGAGAAGACCUUCCGGAUGAUGAUCGAGACAUGUAUCGGGCGGCGAGAUCUCGCAGCCGCAAUCUACUGGUUCAGAAAAUCCUUGGAAGUGGGUCUUCUCCUGCCAGCAGAGGCUUUCAACUCGCUCUUGGAGAGGGUAGCCCGUGAUGAUGGCCUCGCAGCCGCUGCCAACCUCUACAUGGAAGCCGCAGAAGGUGGAAUCUCGCCGACCGUGGAGACCUUUAACAGCAUGAUGCAAGCAGCGGCAAAAAACGGAGACACAGCCGCUGCAGAGAUUUGGUAUUCCCGGGCACAAAGUGCAGGCUGCCAGCCAGAUGGCCUAACUUACCAAGCUCUCAUCAACGCCGCAUCCAAGAAGGGUGACAUGGCGGCUGCUGAGGCGUGGUUGAAGCUGGCCGAGGAGGAAGGCAUUACGCCGACACUUAGCAUGCUGAACUCCCUGAUGGCAUCCUCGGCCCGGGAUGGAGACGUGGAGGGUACGGCCAGAUGGCUUCCCCGGAUCGAGAAAGCGGGGUUGAGACCGAACGUGGUGACCUACACGACCAUCAUCAGUGCCGCUGCCAAGGCAGGAAACCUCUCCAUGGCAGAGCACUGGUACGAGGUCGCGGAGCAGAAUGGGGUCACUCCGAAUGUCGUGACCUUCACCUCGAUGAUCGAUGCUGCCGCGCGCAGCGGCGAUGAUAAGGCAGCGAGGCAUUGGUACGAGAUGGCGCUGGACAUGGGUAUUCAGCCAACCAUCCGCACCUUCAACACCCUCAUGAGCGGGCCGGCGAGGCAAGGGAAUCUGUCGAUGACAGAGCGCUGGCUGCGCACGGCCAAGUUUAUGGGCGCGAGCCCAGACCGUGUGACCUACAACACUUUGAUCAGUGCCGCGGCCCGGAAGGGCGACCUGCAAGCGGCCGAGCACUGGUUCGAGCAGGCCGUGGAAGCUCGUGUCGACCCCAACGUGGUAACCUACACCACCAUGAUCUCAGCCGCCGGCAACGAGGGCCGGCUCAAAAAAGCACAGGACUGGUACGCGAGGGCUGCUGCGAAGGUGCGGCCCAAUGUGGCCAUGUACAACGCAGUGCUCUCCGCGGCGGCCAAGCAGGGAGCUCUUGCUACUGCCGAGUCCUGGUUCGAGCGGAUGGAGGCAGAUGGAAUCCUACCUGAUACACGCACCUUCAGCAUCCUCAUGGAUGCGUGCGCCAAGAGUGCAGAUCUGGAGGCUGCGGAGCGGUGGUUCGAGCGGGCCAGUGUGGCCGGAAGCAAGCACGACGCGAUCACCUUCAGCACGCUCAUCAAUGCCGCAGCAAACAAGGGCGACCUUAAGGCGGCUGGGAAGUGGCUGGAGAAGGCGCAGCAGGUCCAGGCAAAUCUGGACACGGAUGCUCUGAACAGCCUGCUAGCGGCAGCGAGCCGCGUGGGGGAUUUGGACAUAAACAGCUGGUAUCGUCGGGCCGUGGCGGCCGGUUGCCAGCCGGACGACACCACCCUGGCGUCAGCGGCAGCCCGCGCCUACAAAAAGAUGGAAGGCCUCAUGGCGAAGAAGCAGGCAUUGUCCAAAGAAGCAGAUCAGGCAACCAUCUGGCAGAAGCGGAGCGCGCUGGCAACGGCCUGGCUGGACAAGAAGGCAGCACUGCAGAAGAAAGGAAAAGACGUGAAAUGGUUGGAUGGCUGGAUCAAGGCCCAGACGAAGGACGAUGCCGACAAGAGGAUUGUCAUUACGCAUCAAUCUGCCGCGGCACUGCUCAUGAGCAUUCCCUCGAGUCUCUCGGGGGACGUUCGGACCGAGAUAAAGAUGACCCGGGACUUUAUCAAGCUGGACGAGGAGUACGAUGUCAAGCAGCAGCAGCUGAACACAGAGCUCGCCGAACAGAAGCUUAUCAUUGCAGAGGUGCAAAGCACGCCGAACUAUGUCCCCCCAACGUACGCGACGGACUGGCUGGGAAGACCGAAGGGGCUCACGCAAGAGCAGGUGAACCAACUCCAGGGCACGAAGCUCGCCAACGUGGCACCACCACCGCUCGUGGUGCAGGCCAGAGUUGUUGGUGUCGGCGAACCAGUUGAAGGCAAUGUCGUACAAGGCAUCGUCGUCGAGCCCUCCCCUGCGAUACAACAGGCCCAAUACGAGCAGUUCGAGCUGUAUCAGAGGCAGCAGCAGCAGAUGAAAAGAAAGCUGGACCAGCAGAGGAAUUACAACUCGUACAACUACGACGCUUACGGCUACGACCCUAGCUUCUACGCCUACAUGGGCCUCUGGCAGUAUCAAUGGCACCAUCAGCACUACUACUACGGCUACCACCACCAGGAUCAUUACUAUCACUACGACCACUUUGACACGGCGCCGUACGACUAUGGUGAGUGCCAGUUUGCUCAAGAGUUUGGGGCCUCUCAGUGCGAGGAAUACUGGACGGGGCUAGCCGACGACCCACCAGAAGGAGUCGAAGCUGUCGGAGCCGAGAACCUCGAAGAAGCGGCAGAAGCAGUUGAGAUGUACGCCGGUGGCGAGGACGACCGUCCCGGGCGCGGUCCACACAACGGCUCUUGGAAGACGGCCUGCCCGGCCCCACCGCUCGACCUAUCAGAAUGGUUUGAGGAGCACAUCGCCCGCGCCGAGGAGGACGCAAAGUCUGCGGUGCUGGGUCGGCUGGGCCGUCUCCCGUAUCGCAGGGAAGUGCUCCUUCGAACUCGGAGCAAUCAGAGGGCAGUUCCUGGGCUUUGCCUCGUCACCCAGUGCUCCCUUGACCGGCUGGGCCGCCUCCGCGACCAGUUGUGCGGCUGGGCCGGUGAGGUUUCAGCCGCCGUCUUCGUCGAUCACAUGCAGGAUUCUGAAGCUGCUGCUACUGCUCGUCGAGGCAUUCGAGAGAUGUGCUUCGAGGCGGCUCAGCAGUUCGGUGGGAAUGUGCCGGCAUGGACUAUCGUUGUCCUGUACCGGCUGGAGGAUGAACACGUGAAGUGCGAGGCUUACGACCGCCUUUAUCCCGUGAACGCGCUCAGGAACGUUGCGCUGGAGCAUGCACGGUCCGAGCUUCUUUUCCUCGUGGACGUGGACUUUGUCCCCAGCCGAAGGCUCCAUGAAGUCUUGGCUGGCGACGACGGUGGGCGACGGCUCCUCAACGCGCUGAGCCAUGGAAGUCGCAAGAACCGAGGACCCGGCGCUUUGGUCAUUCCUGCUUUCGAGGCCGCCAAGAGCAACAUGCCGCUGCCGCUACAUGGUGCUGAGCUUCGCCAGGCCGCUGCGCGCGGCGAGGUCGAGGGGUUUCACGUCAGCCACUUCCCCUGCGGCCACCGCGCGACGGAUUUCGAUCGUUGGCUCGGAGUAAGCAAAGCGGAGAGCCCCGACGCCGGAAAUUUCAACCAACAUGCCCAUGGCGUGGACGCCUACCUCAUCCACUACGAGGAGCACUUUGAACCCUAUGUGGUGGUUCCACGCCAGAGUGUGCCUGCAUACGACGAGCGGUUUCGAGGAUAUGGUCUGAACAAGAUCUCCCACUUGUACGAGCUCAGCCAGCGCGGCUUCCGCUUUCGCACUUGCGCGCACGCCGAGGCCUUCGUCGUGGCAGCAAAGCAUCCGAAAUCGCAGAGUUGGCAUCUGGUUCUGGGGCCAGAAGCAGAGGCGGAGCAGAGAGCUCGCAUUGCCACGCACUAUGCCACAUUCAAGGCCGAGCUUCAGCAGAGACUACGACUGUCACCACCACUGCCCACAAAGCCGGCGAAAGCCCGAACGACACCGCGGCGCUGGCUGCCGAUGAAGAGGCUUACCAGUGGCUCUGCUUCGAAUUCCCUCCUGCGAACGCCGUUGGAUGCGCCGGCACCACUGGCCGUUGCUGUGUGA